AGUCUGUAUGGCCGCGAUCGGCAGAGCGCAUACCGGCACAACACGACACAGCCAAGAGCCGCAAAUUGGAAACUAGACUUCUGCACUGGCGGAGCAGCGCUCGAGGUCCCACCUGGAGAGCGCAAGCACCUACGCGCCCGCCGCUAUUGUCCAUCUCGACGCGAUCGAAGUGGGCGAGCGUCGCCCGGGGCGGUGGGCGGCAGUGGCGUUGCGCUCGGCGCCCGCCGUUGCGCGCCGCCGCCUGCUCUCAGCGCUUUCGAGAGAAGCCGCACAUCCUACAGCAUUUCCAACCCAGUGACACACCAGUUCCAACAUCAUGUUCGCCGUUCACAUUCCGAGCAAACACAUGCUUCCACGGCCAGAGUCGCCGUCGACGAGCUCGCUGAUCAAGACAGCAGCCAACGAGUAGGGGAGCCUCGAGACGAGGCUAUCCCCCCGCUUCUUCAGGGGCUGCGGGCGUUCGCCCGCCAAUCAGUCGAUCCGUCAGCCAGUCAGUCGAGCUAUCAGCGAGUCAGCAAGCCAGUGCAUGAAGGAAGCAAGGUAGCCCUGUCACUUCCGGGCUGCGCGACGCUGCGUCGCCUCUUAACGAGUGAUGGUGUCGCAGCGCUCUAACAGAGACUAUGGAAACAGAGGGAUGGGCGUGCUCGGGACCAAGUGGUCAAGUGGUGUCGCCAGACCGUGCCUCCCUCCGCACGCUCGCCACUCAGCUGUGUUGCCUUGCUGCUGCUGGCCGCGCCAGGCUUGUGCUACCAUGAUGCGGUCCACAUCACCGCUAUCCUGGGCGAGUCGGUUGUGUUCAACUGCCAUGUGGAGUUCCCGAGCGACCAUCCUGUGCCCUACGUGCUCCAGUGGGAGAAGAAGGGCUUGGACAUUCCCAUCUACAUCUGGUAUGACAGCUAUCCUACACACAGUGGGGAGGGCUAUGAGGGACGAGUGUCACGUGUUUCACCGGACUCGCCAUAUGGACUCGCCUCCCUCAACCUGACCAAUAUUCGUGAGUCAGAUCAGGGAUGGUAUGAAUGCAAGGUGGUGUUCCUCAAUCGCUCACCUAAUCAGCACAAGAAUGGUACCUGGUUCCACCUUGAUGUCCACGCACCUCCACGCUUCAGUGUUACACCUGAAGAUGUUAUCUACGUUAAUUUGGGUGAUGCGAUAAUUCUAAAUUGCCAGGCCGAGGGCACUCCCACUCCGGAGAUCCUGUGGUAUAAAGAUGCCAAUCCAGUGGAGCCCUCGGCCACUAUUGGCAUCUUUAAUGAUGGCACAGAGCUGCGCAUUUCGAACAUCAGACAUGAAGACAUUGGUGAUUACACAUGCAUAGCUCGCAAUGGUGAAGGACAGAUAUCCCAUACAGCACGUGUCAUAAUAGCUGGUGGAGCUGUUAUCAUGGUACCACCCACAAAUCAAACCAAGCUUGAAGGAGAGAAAGUACAGUUUUCUUGUGAGGCCAAAGCUCUUCCAGGCAAUGUAACUGUCAAGUGGUAUCGUGAAGGUGCUCCAGUGAAGGAAGUGUCAUCGCUUGAGACGAGAGUUACUAUUAGGCGAGAUGGUUCACUCAUUGUCAAUCCUGUGAGUGCUGAUGAUUCAGGCCAAUACCUCUGUGAAGUGACUAAUGGCAUAGGAGAACCUCAGUCUGCUUCAGCAUUUCUCAAUGUUGAAUUUCCAGCUAAGGUGACAUUCACACCAACUGUGCAGUACCUUCCAUUCAGAUUAGCAGGUGUAGUUCAAUGCUACAUAAAAGCCAACCCUCCUCUGCAGUAUGUGACCUGGACCAAGGACAAGCGUUUGCUUGAGCCCUAUCAAACCAAAGACAUAGUUAUCAUGAAUAAUGGCUCCUUACUUUUUACCAGAGUCAAGGAGGAACAUCAGGGCCGGUACACAUGCACUCCAUAUAAUGCACAAGGAACCCAAGGUUCAUCUGGAGCAAUGGAAGUUUUGGUGAGAAAACCACCUGUAUUUACUGUUGAACCUGAUAAUUUGUACCAACGAAAAGUGGGUGAUACAGUUGAGAUGCACUGUGAUGCCCAGGAGGCAGAAGGGACCCAAAAGCCAACAAUUCAAUGGCAACGAAGAGAUGGCACUCCAUUGCAACUUAAUCGUGCCAGAAAGUAUGGAGGUAACAUCACUAUUGAAGGAUUACGUCGCACAGACUUUGGCUAUUAUCAGUGUGUAGCAUCAAAUGAAGUAGCAACCAUUGUGACUGCCACUCAGUUGGUGGUGGAAGGUACUCAGCCUCAUGCACCUUACAACCUAACUGGGAAUGCUAGUGAAUUAGCUGUAACACUGCAAUGGUUGCCUGGUUACAGUGGUGGACCUGAUUACAAACAAGAUUACACAAUAUGGUAUCGUGAACAUGGUGUUCAAGACUGGUCCACCAUACCAGUUACUCCAGCUGGCAGCACUCAAGUGAAGAUCGAUAAUCUUACUCCAGGAACCACAUAUGAGUUUCAAGUGAUUGGAAAAAAUCUAUUAGGUGACGGCAUGCUUAGCAAAGUCAUCACAGUUCGCACUAAGGACAUUUUUGAUUAUAGUCUUAUUGUCUUUCCAACUGAUUCCACAGGAGUCUCAUAUUUCCCACCAGUCCUGCGACCAAAAGGUCCCAAGCCAGGCCAGCCCCGCAACCUGACAGUCACCGAGAAAAAAAAUGGAUUCCUCAUCUCAUGGGAAGUACCCCUUGAACGGUCCCACCUUGUUCACUACUAUACUAUCAAGUACCGCACUGAUGGUGAUUGGAAGACACUCAACAAAGGGCAGAUACGACCAGAAGAAACCUCUUAUCUAGUGAAAAAUUUAGUGGGAGGACGUACCUACUAUUUCCGUGUACUGGCCAACUCACUGAAAAGUUAUGAAAGUAGUGAUGAAGUGAAGUACCCAGUACCAGCAAGAGUAAAGCAUAAGGCUAUUACAGCUGGUGUUGUGGGAGGAUUUCUUUUCUUUAUUGUUGCCAUCAUCCUCUCGGUUUGUGCAGUCAAGAUUUGCAAUAAGCGGAAACGUCGGAAACAAGAAAAGGCAUACAAUAUGGUUGCCUGCAGAGUGACUGAUGCACGGAAUGGUGGGCAACCACCAGGGGCCAGCCAAGUGCCUUUGAAAAAGAAUGUUGAUUCGGACAGCAAGCACGAGCCCGCUUAAUUAAAACGAAUCUGGACAAGACUGUUGAUAGAAACAACUUAGACAGAGCAGAAUACCAAGUGUGACGCUCCUAGGUGCAGCCCUAAAACGCACGCGUACUCGCCUAGCUAGCUGGUUCAAUGACGACACCGAUGCGACGGCUGCGGGCUCCGCGGCGGACGGCCGCGGCGGG